CUAAAAGAUAUUAAAAAUUGACAUAUAUUAAUGGGCCGUAUGAAAAGCCCAUUACUAAUACAAAACCCAUGAAGAAACAACAAGGUUCGUUGUGUCAUACCAUCCUCUCUGCUUCUCGUCUCAACAAUGGCGUCGUUGAGGAUGAUAGACAUAGCCGUUAACUUCACAGAUGGGAUGUUCAAGGGAGUUUACCAUGGCAAGAACUGUCAUCUUCCCGACAUUGCGACCGUCUUGAACCGAGCUUGGUCUGCCGGAGUCGACAGAAUCAUAGUAACUGGUGGGUCAUUGGAAGAAUCAAGAGAAGCUCUUGCAAUUGCAGAAACCGAUGCAAGGCUGUUUUGUACCGUUGGGGUUCAUCCAACUAGAUGCAGUGAGUUUGAAGAGAGUGGUGAUCCUGAGAAGCAUUACCAGGAUCUGUUUUCAUUAGCCAAAGAAGGAAUGCAGAAAGGGAAGGUGGUAGCAAUUGGUGAAUGUGGAUUGGAUUAUGAUAGACUUCAGUUCUGCCCUGCUGAUAUCCAGAAGAAGUAUUUUGGGAAGCAGUUCGAACUAGCAUAUGCGACAAAGUUGCCCAUGUUUUUACAUAUGCGAGCAGCUGCUGCAGAUUUCUGUGAAAUUGUUGAAAGAAACAAGAACAGGUUCACUGGAGGGGUUGCUCAUUCGUUUACUGGUAGUGCAUUGGACCGUGAUAAGCUUCUUUCUUUCGAUAAAAUGUACAUUGGUGUGAAUGGCUGCUCGUUGAAAACAGCUGAGAAUCUUGAUGUAAUGAAAGGGAUACCUGUAGAGAGGAUGAUGAUCGAAACCGACUCUCCAUACUGUGAGAUCAAGAACACACACGCCGGGAUGAAGUUUGUAAAGUCGACCUGGCCUUCUAAGAAGAAGGAGAAGUAUGAUCAAGAGUGCAUUGUCAAAGGCCGUAACGAGCCUUGUUUGGUUCGGCAAGUUCUUGAGGUGGUGGCUGGCUAUAAAGGACUUGGCGACAUAAAUCAACUUAGUUCAACCUUGUACCACAACACUUGCAGAGUUUUCUUCCCUCAGGACUUAGAUUCUGCUGCAGAUGCUCUGCUUUCCGGUCACCACAACACCAACUAGCAGAAGUCACUACAAAAAUAUUUUGCAUUUUCUCUGAGAUUGAAAGAUAAUACAUUACACCAUUUGAUGGAAGAAACAUUUUUGAAUUAAGAUGACAGUCAAUCUCAUGUUCUUUUAUCUCAUAUAUUAUCAUCUUCUUUAGCCUCA